AUGAGCCCUUCGGUCUCGUCCCAUGCGGCAAAUCCUGAUUGCACACCGGCACGGAUUGACCCGGCUGGCCCAUUGGAACGUCCCAAGCCAGCCACUUCAGUGCCUAAUCAAGUUCCGAAUGUUGUGAUUGAUGAGCGAGUUUUUCCCUUGCCCGCUGAGCGGCGAGUGCAUGCCUCUCUGCAUCCAGCAGAGCAAUUUGCGCAGGACGUUCUGUCGUCUGGUGAACCUGUGACAGCAACUUGUGUUGAGCGCCUUUUUAAUUUGUUACCUUCUAAGACGGAUGUGCGAUUCAGUUCUGACUCUGGCAGAUCCUUUGUUGCGGGUGUCUUCCGACAUGGGGGCGUCGUUGGCCUCACGAACACCUGCCGUUCUUUUCCCCAAUCGGUUAGUUUGGCCAUCACCUGGGCCAUGCAGCAGGCCGGGCCGCAAGAGUUAUCCGACUUCACGUUUUGCUCGAUUUCUCUGAACCUCAAUGUUAAGACUGAAGUUCACCGCGAUGUAAAUAACGACGAUGCUGACAACCUCGUGCUGGCUGUGACCACUUUCUCAGGUGGGCACAUCUGGGUGCAGUCCGAGUCGGGCGGCCAUGUGCUGCCUGUCAAUGGGUCCUUGGUCCCUGGAGACUUGUAUGAUGUAUCCGCGGCCCCAGUGCGGUUCUAUGCUCGCAAGCGCCUGCAUUGCACAAUGCCGUGGACAGGCGAUAGGCUGGUCCUCAUCUUGUUUUCAGGCGGAGAUGUCGCUGCCAAAGUCAAGGGGUUGCCUCUUGAUAGUCUUAUGUUUCUUGAUGUUUUCUGUGGAACUGGGGGACUCUGCGCAUCCCUUCGGCAGCUUAGCAUGAAACUGAGUGUCGGUUUCGACCGUCACGCACAGCGGGGUUGCAAAUGUCCUGUUAUCUCGCUGGACCUCACGAAGGCGGGAUCCCGGGCCAUUCUGCUUGAUCUUCUCAAGCAGCCUCACGUGGUCGCGUGCCACCUGUCUCCACCUGUAACCACCAGUGGGGCCGGUCUCCUAGGCCCUCGCUCAGGUACUGAUCUUGAGCUGGUUCAAGGGGCUAACGCACUCUUUGCCAUGUCCCUCGAGAAUGCUUCACUGUCGCUCUCAUUGGGCCCAGCCGAUCAGCUGCCGUGCACCUCGAAGACCAAGCUGGUGUCGACGUGGGCGGCCUGCAAGGCGAAGCACCCACGUUCCUUGGACCAAGGCGUGCCAGCCGGCAUGUCGGCAUGUAUUGAUCGUUUGUGUGAGCACAGCUCGGUCAGUGUGGCCAGGGAUCGUACGGCCGAACUUCGCAAAUGGGUGCUUAGGAAGAAAGAGCUUGACGAAAGCUUUGUUGGACCCGAGCACUGCAAGAAGGUAUUAGCUGGCAAACCCAUGAAACUCUUCGGGGAGAUGGUUGAGGCUGCUGGACAUGCUGAUGUGAACCUGGUACGAGAUAUACAGCACGGUUUUGACUUGCUUGGUGAGAUCCCUUCCUCGUCUGUCUUGCCGAAGAAGACCACCGUGGCAUCUCUCAGCAUUGAGGACGUAAGAAUUGCCACCCCGGCAAAUCAGCGGGCGAUUUGGGAGACUACCCGCACUUGCAGGGACCCUGAAAUCACUUCGGAAGUGUAUCGCCUUACCUUGGAGGAGCGGGAUAAAGGGUGGCUGACAGGCCCCUUCACUCUCGCCGAUGUGCCGGAGACUGCCAUCAUUACACGCCGUUUUGGCGUCAGGCAGGGCGUGACGACAACGGCCACAGGUGUGGCAGCUAAAAUCCGGCCUAUCGACGACUUCACAGAAAGCUUGGCUAACUUGUCGUGCACAUGUGCGGAAACCAUUGACCCGCAUUCAGUGAACAUCAUUGCCCUGCUCCACAUCCACUGGAGCGUGUUCUUCGACGAUUUCGUGGCAGUGUCUUCUCCGGAGGAAAAGGGUCACCUUGAUCUUGUGUUGCGGUCGUACUUUGCCUUGAUCGGCUGGGAAACGUCCGACGAAAAGGACACUGGGUUCAGAAGUGUGGCAAAAGCCUUAGGGGUAGAAUUUUGCUUGGACGAGAUCCACUUAGGUCUGCUCAGGGUACAGAACACAGAGGCUAGGAAGCGCGAGCUUGUGUCCACCAUCGAAGCCAUCGUGCAGCAUGGUGGAGCACAUGCCAAAGAACUUGAAUGCUUGCGAGGUCGUCUUCAGUUCGCCGAGUCGCAGGUGUUUGGUCGGGGUGCGGCCCAGCGCAUGCGAGCUAUAUCAAAAGCAAUGAAGCUUUCGGGUUUCGUGGUUCUUGACGACUCCUUGACCGAGGCCCUGCUUUUCUUGAAAGAUCGAGUUUUGCACGGGGAAGCAAGGAUGAUCAGGGCCUGCGAUCGCCCCACCUACCACCUGUUCACGGACGCUUCCUAUGAGGCUGAUGUGCCAGCAGGUCUCGGGGGCAUCCUUUAUAGUGAUGGGGGUUUGCUUCUUAGGUGGUACUCGGAGUCUGCCGACACAGACGUUCUGGAGGCCAUAAACAAAGAGGGCAAACAAGGUCUGAUCUACGAGUUGGAGGCAUGUGCCGCAGUGCAGGGUGUGGUGCAGCUUUGCAAUUCCUUGAGUGACUGCAAUCUCAUUUGUUAUUGCGACAAUGAAGCCGCCCUCGCAGCUCUCAUAAAGUGUGCUUCCGAAUCACCGGUGGUGGCAUCGCAGCUCAACAAGCUCAGCAUGCUUGAGGAUGAGAAAGGAUUGAGUGUAUGGUUCGAGAGAGUGGAGUCGUCUGCAAACCCAGCCGACGAUCCUUCACGCUUUGUGCUUGGCAAGCUUCCCACUAGCUUCAGAGUCCGUUGGAUACCAGGCGAAGAGCUGUUGUUCUAG